AACCAAGUAAAAGUGAGCAGCCAUGCAUAUGUUCACCACCCUUAUGUCCAGAUGACUCACAUAUGCAUCGAAAAAACUGUUACUACUUUUCCAAAGACGAAUUGAAUUGGACGGAGAGUGAGAAUGCCUGCUUCUCACGGAACAGUUCCUUAGCUAGAAUCGGAAUCGAGGAAGAGGAUUUCGUGAAAGGUAUCAUGCAAAACAAACCCUUUUGGAUUGGCCUCCAUAAAUCCUUCGAUCAAUCAUGGAAAUGGCCUAAUGGGGAAAAUGCAACGAAGCCAGCAGGAAAUGGUGGUGAUUGUGCCUAUUUACAUGGCUCGGUGGAGGCUAACUCCGGAAGAUGCAACAUACCACACCGCUACAUCUGCAAAUCUGAAGUACCUUAAAAUGUAUAGUAAACAUAAAGAACAAUGACAUGUGGCAGAGGUCAAAGUUUUGCCUAGAAGAAACUGUUUAAGAAUAUUGUCACAUGAGGUUGCAAACUCAAUGGCUAUCAUCACAUUAAGCAUUAAAAAGAACCAAAUUACAAUAUCUCAAAGGAUGGUUGAGAUAUAAAGACAUAUUAAUAAUAGACAAAGGAUCCUAAGAUUUAAAACUAGAGAAUUCCAAAAAGAAGGGGUCAAAGUGCAGUGGUUUUUAUCCAUGGGGCUAACAGAACAUUUCAGAAUGGAUAGUAAACAAGAAAUAACACAAUUGGUAAAAACAGAUUGGGGUAAAUUGAUAGGUGAUAAGAGGCAAUGACUAUUUCCAAAAUAAUUUUUUUAAAAUACAGAAAGAACAGGCCCCUUCGCUGUUGGCAUUUCGGAAGAAGGUGAAGACCUGGCUUUUCGAACAAACGUUUGGCUAAACAGUGCAAUCGAAUAUAGGAAUACGGUGCAAUUGAACAUAGGAACAUGGAACAAAGGAUUAUGAGAAUGGAUUCUGAUUUAUUGUUGAGGCGUUAUGAUAAUGAUUGGUUAUUGAUAUUGAUUGUUAUGUAUAAUGUGUUUUAAUGUGCAUGAUAUUGUCUUGUGAUUUGUACUGUGUAAACCGCUUUGAGUUGUCUAAGGGCUGAGAAAAGCGGUAUAGAAAUAAAGUAAAGUAAAUAAAUAAAUAAACAAGAAAUAGGACUGUUGGACUAUAACAAUCCCACAUCAAUUUCUAAAGAGACACUAAAAAUAAAAAGAACGAAUUGGGACAAUCUUCAUGACUAUCUGGACAAUUUGCGAAUAUAAAAAACAAGAGAGACAAUUUUAUUAUCUUUAAUAAAAAUAUAUAUUUU